AUGCCUCUACUCGUCGAGAGAAAAGGCUGGACGGAGGAAGCAUUCUUCUCUGGAGCGUUCACGCCCAUUGGACCCGCAGGCCACCCCGAGGGGUUCUAUAAUUCGACCUACGAAGUGACUAGCCAAAAGCUUGCCGAUCGUCGCAUAUCGAUGCUGAACUCGCUCGCCGCCGUCACGGCGCAGACACUAGACGACGUGUUUGCGCACAUCUUGAGCAUUCUCGAGACGAACCCCUUCGAUAUACCCCUAGCUAUGCUCUAUAAGUUUGGGAGUCAAGAGGGACCUAGCGCAUUGGAGCUCCAUGGCUACUUUGGUUUACCCAAGGGUCACAACCUUAUUGUAGAGAGUGCCUACAUUGAGAGCGAGGAGGGCUUGAUCCCCGACAUGCGACGGGCUGGCUCAGAAGCAAUUGUCAUCGACUACGACGAACGAUUCGACUGUGCUACUUGGCAGGGGUGGGGCUCCCCAGCGAAACGAAUUGCUUUGCUACCCAUUAAAAGCGGGCUUCGUCUGUUCGGUUACCUUGUAGUAGGCACGAACCCCUAUCGCCCGUAUGACACAUUUUGUCAGCAAUUCGUUUCCGACCUGUCGAGAAUGGCCUCGAGUCUUGUGGUAGCCGCUGCCGGAUACGAAUCGACCAAGCGCCGUCAGGUACAGCUGGAGGCAGACCUGGCCUUUUCAGACCUCAAAUUGCGGCAUCUCAUUGAUCAUGCGACAGUAGGCAUGUGCCAUAUUUCGCUCGAUGGCGACAUGUUGUGGGCUAAUGAACACUACUAUCGCCUAGCUGGAAUGAGCGCCAAGCAGCAUUCAGGUCCAUUCUCUUUCCUUGAUGCUUACCAUGAUGAGGACCGGGCCAAGACCGUCGAUGCGUGGGAUCGUCUUCUCGCUGGUGAACGCCAUGUGACUGUGGAAACGAGACUCAAGCGCAUGUACGAAGCUCCCAUUGGAGACUCAGAACCAGCACAAAUACAGGUUCUCGCCUUUCCAUAUCGCGAUUCUGAAACUGGACAAGUGAAGUCUAUCAUGGCUUGCACGACAGAUAUCUCGAAACUGCAAUGGGCUCAGACAUUCCAGGCCCGGCUAGCGGCAGAAGCGAAAGAGGCGAAGCGACAACAAGAGGCCUUUAUCGAUGUUGUUUCUCACGAGAUGCGUAACCCUCUGAGUGCCAUAGUUCAUUGCGCAGACGCUAUUGCCAGUGCUAUGGAUGGGUUGAAGCUCACAGACAUGCCCACGGAAAUCCUUGAAUCGUUGAACGAAAACGUGCAGAGCGCCAAUAUCAUAUUGCAAUGUGCAAACCACCAAAAGCGCAUCAUCGAUGAUAUACUGACAUUGAGCAAGCUCGAUUCGAUGUUGCUUUCUAUUACACCUGUCCCAGUCAGGCCUCAGAAGCUGGUCGACUCUAUUGUCAGCAUGUUUGGCGCAGAGCUCAAGAGCAACAGCAUUGAGUGCAAAAUCCAACCUGGCGCAUCUCUGAUGCAACUGGGCAUAGAUCACGUUUAUCUCGACCCCUCUCGCAUCACUCAGGUCUUCAUAAAUCUGCUGACAAACGCCAUCAAGUUUGUGAAGUCAUCGCAACAGCCAUCAAUAUCGAUUCGUUUCGGAGCUAGCAUCGAAAAUCCGCGCGCCUUCUUUCCCAGCGGCAUGUUCUGGGCUGCGGAUAGCAACCGAAACGAAUCAGUGACAGAUGGUACCGAGUGGGGUGACGGCCAAGUAGUGUUUCUCACUUUCAGCGUUAGAGACUCUGGGAUUGGUCUUGAGGGCAAAGAGAUACGGAAAAUCUUUGAGCGGUUUCGCCAGGCAAAUGUCAAAACGCACGUCAAGUAUGGCGGCAGUGGCCUCGGUCUCUUCAUCUCGAAAGAGCUCACGGAGAAGCAGGGCGGCGAGAUUGGGGUGUCCUCUCAAAGCGGAGAAGGCUCUACGUUUGGUUUCUACGUCAAGUCGCGCCGCGUGCAAAAGCGCCCAGAGAUGUUCAGAAGCUUGGCUCAUCGUGAUCGUCGGCAGGAUUCAGUGGAAAGGAAACUGCGUGUGUUGCUAGUAGAGGACAACAUCAUUAACCAACAAGUUCUCGGCAAACAGCUGAAGAAAGCAGGAUGCAUGGUCAAUGUUGCGAAUCAUGGACUUGAAGCGCUAGAUGUCUUGGAAGAGCAGACUUUUGACAUUGUACUCAUGGAUCUUGAGAUGCCAGCCAUGUUAUCCGGCCCUCGUGCUGGAUCUCGACUACCCAUCAUCGUUGUGACGGCGAACGUUCGCAAGGAGCAAAUCGACACGGCUAUCGCUGCUGGUGCAGACCGCGUCAUGCAGAAGCCCUUCAAAGCCGCCGACUUGGUGUUCAUGAUGGACUCUUUGCUUCCACAACAAUCAGCGCCCAACAUCGAGCCUCCCACUCCAGGACUCGGAAGUCGUUCAAGUGCCUUGGUCCCGUGA